AUGAUAGCUCGCAGAUUGAGAAUGUGUGUUGCGCGACAGCAAGAAGAUGUGGCCAGAAACAGAAGAGAGUUGAUAUUUUUCUUACAGUAUGCCGCCACAACGUUUUGUCUAAUUAUUGUCAUACUUAUUUGCCAAGUGAUGCUUCCAAGAGCGACAACGGAUUAUCAGCGUUUCUUGUGGCACACAUUACCUUAUGCAUUCGGAUAUGCAAGUACAGGAACGACACCGAACAUUCUAUCGACACGCUCUAAGAAAAUGUCCUACCUUAGAAUGGAGAGGCCGCUAUUCAUUAGCCGUGAAAGGCAAGGGCAGGCCGAUAUAGGUUGGGAAAUGAAAACUACGUUAGAGUGCGAGGAAGGCAGUGACCGGGUGAUCCUGGCCACGUUCAAUGCAGAAAUCCGACGGCAUCUUCCCUUCAUGUCAAGAUAUGGUAAAACUUCGAUGGUCAAUGUGCACACGCAGCCGACUGAAACUAGAAAUUGA